AUGAUAGAGAUACGUGACUACGUUACCAACAUUCGUUAUAUCCGUCGUCCUUCAUCUGAGCUAGGAGACUACGGCGCCCUCGUCUCCAACUGCUUCAAUUACUUCAACCGGAACCAAGAAACACACACAGUACAUUUCCACUUCCGGCGGGACUCGCGUUGUGAGAAUGGGAAGUUGCUAAAGGAGGAUGAAUGGGUCAAUGGAUCGUAUGAGGUACUAUACGCACACUUUGUGAGGAGAGUCCAAGCUCGAGGUCAAAGCAGCCUCAGCUUUGGACAUAGGGCUAGAAAGUCGACAACACCUCCAGACGUCUCAUCUCCCGAGUCUCCAUGGAAACAGCCGCAGUUACCAAAUCUUGAUGAUGAAGGGUUUCCCAUCGUAGGAAAUCCACCAGCUCAUCCAGUGUUGGAAGCUUUCACUCCUGCCCCUACUCCCGUACCACCAACACCACCACCACAACCAGCUCCUCUACAGCCUCCUCUGACCGUUCGUCGAGCAGCCAUGCAACGCCGAAACACAAAUUCGAUAACCGUGUACUCUAUCGGCCCACCAAUUCCAACUUCACACUAUAGCACCACGUAUUUCUCUGCCCCAUACAUCUUCAUCCCGUUACGUCCUGCCCCGCCUCGACCAUUGUCACACGCUCAGCGUUACAGUGAUCCCUCUCCAGGUUUCAGAUCCCUACCAACUGCAGAGAGGACCAUGCUACGUGAAGACCAACCAGAGCAAGAAGUAUCAGAGCCAGGAGAGCGCGCAUCCGAUGAGAGUUCGCUGGAAUCCUUCGACUUUGACAACUUUUUUAAUAUUUCUUCGGAAGUGAGCCAGUAUUCACCACGAAGACAACAAGAGCAAGGAGGAAAGGAAGAUCAGGAAGGGCUCGAAGAAGAGGGUCGUGGGUCUGUUGCGCGUUCGCAGGAUUCUUUUGGACGGUUCGUGACCAAGAAGACAGAGAGUCCAUUGUUUGUGACAGAUGAAAGUGAAAGAGAUUUUCAGGGGGAUUUGGCUUGGGAGACUGACGAUGAGGAGGUGGCGGCGAGUGCGGAACAAGGAGCUGGUGAUAGUGAUGAAGGUGAAGAAGAUUGA